ACUGUACGUUUGUUUCUCUGAGCCGAGGAGACUUCACCGUACAAAGCAGAUUUAAAACCAGAUAGACAAAAUACAACAGCACACACACUGUCUUGUGUGUCUUCACUGCAGCUGAUUCAGCCUCAUCCACUCCUACAUAUUCUGUAUCAUCAUGAUCAAGCAAUUUAUUCUACCUGUUGCUGCAUUUGUCGCGGCGCUGAGCUCAUGGAACUACUAUUCCCAAAAAUAUGAGAAAAUGGACCAUAACGAGACAAAGUCACUGUUUCAGCAGUCACAGAAGGAGAAAGAAUGGGAAAAUGUGGUUGCUACAUUGAUGGAACAGGAGAAUGAGCUGGAGAAGCUCACAGAGAAACAUGAACUACAACAUAAAAGGAAUUCCACAAAGCUGAACCUGAAGGACGAACUGCUCUUUGACUCUGCGCUCACCAUCAUGACAGGAUCAAUGCCCCUCAAAACUGUCUUUGUCGUCCUCCUUAUACACACAUGUGCUCGGUUCGUUGGAUUCGUUUCCUCUGUGUUUCCGAACAUGAGCUUAGCUGCUAUCCUGUUUGACUUGGCUUUCAGUUUGAUUCUGGCUGUUUAUGCCAUGACCAAAUGGAAAUGCCAGAAAGCAGAGCUGGAGAAGAAAAACGCACAGCUUGAGAAGGAGUCAGUGGAGAAAGACGAGGACCAGACGGAUGUGGUCAACACAAUGAUGGAGAUGAAGACUGAACUGGAGAACCAGAGGCAUCGACUCAGAGUGCGCCUGGCAGAGGUGGAGGGGGAGAGGGAAGUUAACAAACAGAAGCUUCAGGAAGUGGAGAAUGAAAUAACAGAGAGGGAGCUGAAGUUUGACAAACCACAGGAGUUACUAACAGAAAAAGAAAACUUACUGCGAGCGCAGUGGAAACUGGACGAGACCAAGAAAGAAAACGAGAGACAGCUGCUGAACACCGAGAGACUGCUGGAGCCUUUAGAGAUCCAGUUUACCAGAAUUCUUCAAAAGAAGGAAGCAGACUUUAGGUAGAGUUGUCAGAGGAAGGAAAAGUAGUCAAUAUGUAUGGUGGCCCUCCAAGGUUAACGCACUGCAAAGAGAAAAUGCAAACAAAUUAAGAAAUGCACUGCAAGACGCUCAGAAACUGUCUCCAGUGGACACUAAAAAGUGAUGCACUUGUUUUUGGCUGAUGAAGUUGAAGUUGACUGUCCCUCAGUGGUGCUGCACAAUGAGCUCGAAUGUUUUUAUGUUUUUUGUGUGUGUUUAACAGUAUCUGCUGUCAACCUAGCGUUAGCCUUUGGCUCAUUAUGAAUACACCAGGCUGUUCUCACAAACUGUUUGCAUGUUUUCCUAUGAAAAGUAAUGCACCUAAAUUCAUACAUACCCCACAUAUUUUGAAAGGCUGUGUUCAGUUACCAAUGCGUUGAUGGUGGUAAACAAAGAAGCAGUCCCGUGCUCGCUUGUAGGGGGCCAGGUUGGGGUGGCAGAUGGGUCAAAAAAAGUGGACUUUCGGCCGGGACUUUCCCCUGGUGUCUCAUGGUCACAUCCAUGUGAACUUGGAGUGAACUUAGAGACAUUUUACGGUACGUCCUUACCAUGUUGCUUUUAUUAAACCUAACCACAGUAACUUUUAGUGCCUAAACCUACCCUCCGUAGUUUUACGUGAAUUAUGUAACUGUACAUGAAGGACAUAACAUCAUUUGUGGGGUCACAAAUUUGUACGACAUGAUAUAAACCAUUCUUUGAGAAUAUGUUGAAUAUAUACACAUAUAUUACGUGAUUAGUGUUGGGAGGAUAACCUCUAAAACCCUUUCCACUGCAGAUUACUGAAUACAUGCCCUAAAAUGUAAUUUGUGUAACAUUCCACUAGAGUACUCACACUAAGUAACAUAUGCCAAGUAUUUGCUUGCUUGCUGAACUCAUUUGUCUGGGUCUUGUAUUUCCAUGCGCAGAGCACACUCCCCUGCCACUGUCAUUGAACAGGUGCACUGCACACAUUUAAAAAAAAUCUGUUUAUGGGAAAUGAAUGCCUCUCUGUCCACACUAAAUCUGCUAAAUGCGCACUUCUAAAAAGACAAACCACCUACCUAUCAGCUGUGCACUAAACUGGACAGAUAACCUCUUAAAAGAUAGGCAAGUACGCUCUAUGUUUGUACUUUUUAAACAGAAAACACAAGUUAUAUUUUGUGAUAUUUACUGGAAAUUUCAUAUGAUGUAGCCAACAACAAGUCGAUGUGCCAGAAAUGUUCAGCUCCCUGCAGAUCUCCCUUCAGGCAACUGCCACCUAAUUUAUGUUUUUGUAUUUUUUUUUUUUUUUUUAGUUAGUUUUGUAGUGAUCAUGUAGAUAAUUCCUCAUUUCAACUUAAUGAAUCAGUCAUUCCUCUUCUAUUGUGGAGCUUUUAAAGCGAGGAACAGGAAUAAAUAGAAACAGGAUGUCUGACAAAAGUUCAGUUUAAAACAGCAGCGCUGCGUCGCUUGCAGCCAGUUAGCAGCCAGAUAACACAAUCCCCUCAAGUAAUCUAUUUUAAAAGACAGUAACUGUAUUCAGAAUGGCACCAACUGAAGCUGUAACUGUAACAGAAUACAGUAACGUAUACGUAAUACGUAACUUAGUUACUUGUAUUCAGUUACUCGCCACCCCUGAUUAUGAAUACGUAGAACACUGCUUAGAAGAGAGAGUGAAAAUAAAAAAUAACUUUAUUUAAUGCUUGAUUUAUUACAAAUGGGUGCAGCUAAAGUUUUACUUGACUGAGUGAGUACAGUGGUGUCAUGUGUUACUUGUUUGACAUUAACUGUAGGACAAUCAGUUUGUUUAAACCUUUUUUAAGUAUCUCCCAAAGUGUAAAGUGUUUGCAAAGCAUCUUUGUGAUUUUGUGUCAGAAACAGGACUUUGUUGAAAUGUUUUCUAUAUAAAAAUGUAUUUUGCA